UUGUUUCAAGGGGGACCUGUUUACACUCGCACCCCAUCAUGUACUGUUUUUGAAGCUCGUAUAUAAACAACGCAGAAUGACCGAAACAGCAGAUUAGGUAGUCAUUCCUGUUUAUUCUUUGCCAAGCUCUCGAAUUUAGGAUGUUAGCAUAAAAAACGCUAGCUACGUCUCUGUUCGAUUAAGAACAGAGAAGACGACGCAGCCGAUCUGGCAGCGGCAGUCGAUCUCGCGACUACAGUCCAGUCUUUGGUCCCAUGCCCAAUGCUUAUUCUUUACCAAGCUCUCGAAUUUAGGAUGUUAGCAUAAAAAACGCUAGCUACGCCUCUGUCCGACCAAGAACAGAGAAGCCCCAGAAGACGACGGAGCCGAACUGGCAGCAGCAGUCGAUCUCGCGACUCCAGUCCAGUCUUUGGUCCCAUGCCCAAGGCCCCCAAAAAUGAAGAAGAGCAUAAACCUCAUCGAAUUUCCGAGAUAGAGAGAGAAAUGCCAAAGGGUUUCGUAUGGAAAACCCCCGCGAGAGGUACAACAAUCAGCGAGGUGGCGGCAGGAAUGAUGAUCAACGCCAGAGACAAAACGCCUGCAUCUCGAGCUCUGAUGACCAUUCACCAGUUGAAGAGUAUGUGAAAAACAGAGGCUCAGAUUCAAGCUCAUCUGAUGAUAAGAAGAAGAAAAAGAAGAAGAAAUCCAAAAAGAAGAACAAGAAACACUCCGAUGACAGCGAGGAAGAGUCGGAUUCUGACGAGGAAGUGAAAAAGAAGAGCAAAAAGUCAAAGAAGUCCGAGAAGAAGAAGACUAUGAAGAACCGCAAGCAGUCAGCGAGCGACUCCAGCAGCGACGGGUCAGAGGAGGACACCAACGGGGAUCUGUGGGUGGAGAGGACCUGCAUCGACGAACACAUGGUGGGCCCAGAGGCCCCACUCACCCACCUGUCCCAGGACGACAAGCCUCUCGAUUUUGGUCAUGCCCUGCUGCCAGGUGAGGGUGCCGCUAUGGCAGAAUAUGUGAAAGCAGGCAAGCGUAUCCCAAGAAGAGGUGAAAUCAGGUUGACUAGUGACGAAAUCGCAACCUUUGAGAUGUCUGGCUUCGUGAUGAGCGGUAGCAGACAUCGUCGUAUGGAGGCUGUGCGUCUGAGAAAGGAAAACCAGAUCUACAGUGUGGAUGAAAAGAGAGCCUUGGCAUCCUUCAACCAGGAGGAAAGAGGGAGAGCAAAAUCCUCUCCAGCUUCAGAGAAAUGGUGUACAGGAAAACUAAAGGCAAAGAGGACAAAUUAGCCUUUUUGUUCCUCCCCUUUCGGGAACAUUCAGCUUCGGAUAACUUUUUCUCCCAACAUUGUCUUUCGUUGUGUUUAUUUUCUCAUCGUUUCAUGAUUUGAGAAUGUUAU